AUGACAGAGUCUAAUCCUGUAUCAACCGUCAAUGAGGAUAUUUCCUCAACAAAUAAUGCCGAACAACAAGAGACAACAACACCAACACCACCAACAACAGUUACAAAUGAUGAAUCUAAUCAAGAAGUAACUGUUGUACCAACUAAAGAUACUACCAAUGAAAACGUUAUUGAUGAAAAUAAAACUGAAGAAAAAGAACAAAUUCUAGAAUCAUCAUCUGAUAUCAAUACAAAAGAAUCAGAAUCUCAAUCGAAAGAACCAUCAAGUGAACGACAAUUUCAAGAUGCUGAAAAGGCAACAGAAAAUGAUGCAGAAGUUUAUGAUGAUAAUGAUUCCGAAUAUGAAGAUGUUGACGAUGAAGAAGAAGAAGAAGGGGAAGAAAUCGACGAAAAAAAUCAUACACAAGUUUUAAAUAAAAGUGCAACUGAAGAAGAUGAUGAACGUAUCAAUAUAAAACCUCGUCGUUUACCUAAAAAACGUGAUGAAAAUGAACAUUCAGAAGGUUAUGAAGAUGAUGAUAAUCAAAAUGUACCAAAUACUAAUGCAAAAUCAAAUCGACGAGGAGAAAAAAAAUCAGAUAAAAAUCUUGAACCACUUGAUGAUGAUAAUGAUGCUCGAAAUCCAGCUUAUAUUCCACGUAAAGGAAAAUUUUAUGAACAUGAUGAUCGAACAAAUGAUCAAUCAGAACAACCAAAACAAGAAACAACAAGAAAUCGAAAUCGUCCAUAUAGAGAUUCAGAUGCUAAAUGGCAACAUGAUUUAUAUUAUGAUUAUGAAGACGAAUCACACUCUCAUCAGUCAAAUUACAGAGGACAAAGAAGAGGUGGUCGUUUCAGUCGUGGUAGUGGUGGCGGUCGUGGUAAUGGUGGCGAUCGUGGUGGUCGUGAUGAUCGAAAUCAAUUACAUUUAAAUGAUUAUAUUCCUCCAGCUCAAAGAGGACGAGGUGGUGGUUAUCGUCAACAGCAAUUAUAUUAUGAUGAAGAUAAUGAUUAUCGUCGACGAGCUCCACCAUAUGUUAAAUCACGUAAUGAUCACAUGAAUAAUUUUGAAUUUGAAGAUUAUAAUCGUUCAUCAUAUAAUAAUAAUCGUGGUCGUGGUAAUCGAAAUAAUUAUGUUGAACAACAAGCACCACCUCGUAGACAAAGACGUGAUUUUGAACAAUAUCAAACUGAAGAACAAUCAAUACCACCACGUCGUAAUCAACAAUAUACAAAUACAACAGAACAAACAGUUCAUCGUGAAAGAAAUUUUACUAAUACUCAAUUUCAACAACAACGUAAUAUACCAAAAAAUAAUAAUCGUGAUGAUCAAAAACGAUCAACUGGACAAACUUAUGAAGUAAAUCAAGAUGAUAAUAAUAAUAAAAAUCGUAAUCAACGUCGUGAGAACAAUGAACCACCACGACGUCAAGGAAGAAAUAAUCGAAAUCAACAACAACAACAACAAAACGAACCUAGUACUACAAAUUCAAAUCUUUCAGCUGAAGCGCCAAGUUUUGAACGUUCGAAACGUUAUUCAAAUAUGCGUAGUAAUGUUUCAAAUUCUGGUCCACAACAACAACAACAACAACCACCGCCAGUUCAACAACCUCAAAUACCAAUGCAAUCUUAUCAAGAUCAACGUACUGGUUAUUAUGAUCAAAAUCAUUGGCAACAAGCACCACCACCUCCAACUACAUAUCUUCCACAACAACAACAAAUGAUACCAGCACAAAUGUAUCAUCCACAACAACCAAUCCCACCUCAACCUUAUUAUGUUGCUCCACCAUAUCAACAAGCUGCACAAUAUGUUCCUAUCAAUUAUCCACAAGGAUCUAUACCUCCACAACUUCAAGAGAAAUGA